ACUCGUGUGUGUACGUACGUCAUAAGCGGAUGCCGGAUGGACAUCUCCUGUUCGGGGUCCGGUCCAGAGUACAUUUUUUGUUGUAACGGCAACAGGAUUUUCAUUUUAAUUAUUUCUUGUCCUUCUUCCAAGAGGGCGGAUGCUGUUUAAGGCGGCCCACGUUUUGAGGGCGGUAAUAGAAUAUCUCCCCAGUGCCAAAAUGAUCGUAAAACUUGCCCUUUUCGGAGGGUUGGCAGCGGCUCUACGAGGCUUCGCCUCCCUGGACUGGUGGCUCGUACUGGCGAUAAUUUUUGUUGUCUACCUCUUGACCGGCGGAUGGGAAUUUGUGUAUAUUGCCAUCGUCACCUUCCCUAGAGAUUUUAAGGGCUUGAUCACCUUAAUCAAACUAAAUAUAUACCUCCGCAGUAAACUGCGUAACAAUCACAUGACCCAUGAUGUCUUCAGAUACAGUGCUGAACGUUAUCCAGACAAGCUUGCCCUCGUAUUGGACGACCAGAAAUGGACACUGCGUGACCUUGAAAUGUACAGCAAUGCAGUGGCCAACCUUUUCUUUGAGAGGGGCUACCAGAAAGGCGAUACAGUUGCCCUACUCAUGGACAACCGGCCCGAGUUUGUAGGCCUGUGGCUGGGACUGUCGAAGAUUGGCGUGGUGUCUGCUUUCAUCAAUCAUAAUCUCAGGAGGGAUGGACUGACGCACUGUAUCAACGUCGCAAAUUCAAAGGCUGUCGUUUUUGCUUCAGAACUUUCUGACGUGGUAAGAGAAGUUCACCCAUCACUCAGGAAUGUUGAAUGCUACAGCACCGGUCCUCUUGCUGAGCCAAUCGCCUUCAGCAGCCACAACGUGGACUCGUUAAUCAAGGCAACCUCUAGUCUUCCACCGCCAAUCAUUGGUGGCCGAAGUCUCAAAGAUACUGUCUUUUAUGUCUACACUUCUGGUACAACAGGACUGCCUAAAGCAGCUGUGAUAACACACUCGAGGUUACUCUUCAUGGCUAAGAGCAUUGCAGAAUCCUUCAAUAUAACCAGCGAUGAUACCAUCUAUUGCGCCCUCCCGCUCUACCACUCAGCUGCAGGAUGCCUGGGCGUCGGCCAGCUCAUCAUCAAUGGCACAACCAUGGCCAUGAGGAAGAAAUUCUCCGCCUCCAAUUUCUGGCUGGACUGCAUCAGAUAUAAUGCAACAGUAACACAGUAUAUAGGAGAGAUCUGCAGGUACCUUUACUCCCAGCCCAACCGACCUGAGGAGACCAAACAUCAACUUAGAUUGGCAAUGGGCAAUGGACUCAGGCCAGAACUUUGGAAUGAGUUCAAGGAUAGAUUCAACAUUACAAAGAUUGGUGAGUUCUACGGAGCCACGGAGGGCAAUGGUAACAUUGCAAACAUGACCGGGCAACCUGGGGCCGUGGGUUUCAACUCCAUUAUCGUUCCCUGGGCCUAUCCUGUCUUCCUGAUCAAGAUCGACCCAGAGACGGGAGCCAUCAUCAGGAACUCUAAAGGGCUGUGUAUGAGGGCCAAACCAGGCGAACCAGGACAGCUGGUGGGUAAGAUCAGGAAGGGAGAUCCAGUCAGGGAUUUCCAUGGCUACGCAGACCGACAAGCCAACAGCAAGAAGGUCGUAUAUGACGUACUCAAGAAAGGAGAUUCUGCCUUCUUGUCAGGGGAUGUUUUGGUCAUGGACAAGUUUGGAUAUUUCUACUUCCGUGAUCGUUCGGGAGACACGUUCCGAUGGAAGGGAGAGAACGUGUCAACUACAGAGGUGGAAACAAUCAUUAGUAAGACCAUAGGACUAAACGACACUGUGGUGUAUGGCGUCGAAGUACCAGGAUCUGAGGGUCGUGCUGGCAUGGCAGCUAUAGUAGAUCCCAACGGAGCUCUCAACAUUCCAGACCUCUUCCAUAAGCUCAAAGCCAACCUCCCUGGCUAUGCUGUUCCUCUCUUCAUCCGUAUGGUCACAAAAGUGGAUACUACAGGAACCUACAAACUCAAGAAAGUCCAGAUCAGAAAGGAGGCUUUUGAUAUCAACAUCGUCAAGGACAAACUUUACUACCUAAACGCCAGGGCGGGGCGUUAUGAGGAACUCACAUCUGCCGCGCAUCAAGAUAUCAAGUCUGGUCAAAUCAGGUUAUGAUGAUGAUGAUAAAUGUUGACAUUCUCCGGGUAUGAUCAGUACACCAAGUGCUUUAUGUGAUUGCAAUACUAUGUGGAUCCUUUUUGAUCAAUUCUUGUACAUGUAUGUAUGUAACCUGUGUGCCCAAAACAAUAAUUAAGUAGCAAGAAUUAGCCAGUUCGUAAAUAGCUUUGGAAUGCAUGACCCCCAAAUAUCCACAGAUCUUUUACACCAUGGACACGUCCCACUUGUGCAUUUUAGAAUAAUCA